UAAAGUUUUGUCGUUACGAUAGUUUUUGCAGCUACGUCACAUAGCAAGAAUAAGUAGCGAGUAUGUCUGGUAUGCCUAUAUUAUUGAGCAAAGACGUCGUCACGCGUCUGCUUGUCUACAAGGACUUGAUUCCACGACUAGAAGUGGCCCUCGGCAUGUUUUCCAAGCGAGACAGUUCAGAAGUUAUACAGCCAGUACGAUCAGUGAUCCCUAUACAGAAACACAAUGGAUUUUUGGGCCUUAUGCCUGCUUACAUGGCAUAUGAAGAUACUUUGUGCACGAAGAUGGUGGCGUUCUAUAAACGUGAAAAAGGCUCGAGUCUCCCAUCCACUCAGGCCACUGUGUUGCUCUUUGAUCCCGAGUACGGCAACGUUCUGGCGGUCAUGGAUGGUGACGCCAUCACAGCUAAAAGAACAGCAGCAGUAUCUGCAAUCUCUGCCAAGCUGCUGAUGCCAGCGCAGUCUGAGGUGUUAAGCAUCCUAGGCUCAGGACACCAAGCGUUCAGCCACUACGAAGUCUUCAUGGAGACCUUCGGCUUCAAAGAGGUGAGAGUGUGGAGCAGGAGGAGAGAGAUGGCCGAGCGGUUUGCCAGUACGGUCCAGGGCCCCGUUACAGUGUGUUCUUCUGCUAAAGAUGCUGUCGACGGGGCUGAUGUCAUUGUCACCGUCACUAACGCAGUUGAACCAGUGCUUUUUGGGGAGUGGGUUAAACCUGGUGCCCACGUGGCUGCGGUGGGAGCUUGUCGCCCAGACUGGAGGGAACUGGAUGACUCCUUGAUGAGAAAUGCGGUCGUGUAUGUGGACAGCGGGGAGGGUGCUGCCACUGAGUCAGGAGACAUCAUUCUGUCUGGGGCCAAAGUAUUCGGAGAACUCGGAGAAGUUAUAAACGGAUCUUUGCCCGCCCAGCGUGAGAGGAUCACUGUGUUCAAAUCUCUGGGUAUGGGGAUACAAGAUGCAGUCUCUGCCAAGCUGGUCUUUGAGAAGUGGAAAAGCACAGAGUGUGGAACUGAAAAGAAAAACUAAUCAAAUGCCUUAGUAACUGUUACAUUCAUCUAAGUGUGCCAUUGCUGCUGUUAUAUAUGAAAUACAGCGCACAUCUAAUGCAGAGUAGUCCUUAAACAGCAGUGUAUUACAAUAAAAAUACUAUUAAUUCUAUGUAGUAAGUGACAAUGUCACCCUCAGAAUGGGAAGAGCAGUCCCAGAAAAUGCACAUCAAACACUAAUGUAAUGGUUCCCAUUAAGACACAGAA